AUGACGGACGAACAGCAAGAGCUGUUCGCUAAGUGGGUUCAAGAUCAACAGCCUGAGGAGAAGGCAACCGAAAAUUGCAAUUUGGCAGCAGCGAUAAUACUCGAUGGAUUAACAUGCUAUGGAAAGGGUGAAUAUACCUAUCACCUUCUCAGAGAUGCGCAAAGCUCUGUGUUAAACAUAGUGAGAAAAUAUUUGAGUUGGGACGACGAUGGUACUCUUUUCAUAAAUGACAGCCGGUCCUCUCCCUCAAUAAGUCAUACAACCACCUGCGCCAUUAGCCCUGACGCUUCGAACCCAACAAACAAUGCUGGCGCUGAGAAUGCAACCAACUACACAAAUACCUUGGCAUCGAACUGUGUUAACAAGGCUUUAGACCCUACGACAAAUAUGAAUGCUGACUUUGCAAACGCGGAUAUAUCAUUUAACAAUACACACACUGAGACUUUGGACCGAGCUAGCGAAACAGAUGUUACUCUAAUCCCACAACCAACAACCAACAUAGAUGUUGACUUCACGAAUGCGGGGCUUUCAAACUGGAACAGGCCAACAACCAACAUAGAUGUCGACUUCACGAAUGCAGGGCUUUCAAACUGGAACGGGCCAACAACCAACAUAGAUGUCGACUUCACGAAUGCGGGGCUUUCAAACUGGAACGGGCCAACAACCAACAUAGAUGUCGACUUUUCAAAUGCCGGGUAUUCGAUGUUGGACUUUGCCAUUACACCGAACCUUGCGGCUCAUAUCAGCGAACCUGUACCCAGAUCUAUUGUUGUUCUCGCUCAAAAAAUCCAACCCGAGCUGCAAGCCUGCCAUUCCCCGACUCAAUAG